AUGUGCGCUUGCAUUUCUCUGUUUCGGCGAGAGAGAAAAGCGUAUAAUAAAUUUUCGAAAGAUGAAAAAGCUUUGAUAUUUCAAGUAAUUGAAUUCGUAGAGAGCGAAAAACAUGGAAACGAAAUACCUUUAAUUAACACAAUAGAACGUUUGGUAACAAUGUUAGGUAUAAGCUCGACAGCUUUAAAGGCUUUGAAAAAAGAGUUGAACGAUUUAAAAUCCGAAAUGCAACAAACAAAUAAAUUGAAUGAAAUAGAUGAUGAAACAAAUGCGGCAUUUCGAUCUUACCUACGAACAACAUCUGAACCAGUCGCCGCCAAGUCGGUAAAAAGAGGUAAAUGA